AUGUCUACAGAAUUCAAAUCUACGCUUCCUCCUCGUAAGAGAGCUAAGACAAAGGAAGAAAAAGAACAACGUCGUGUUGAGCGAAUCUUACGUAAUAGAAGAGCUGCUCAUGCGUCUAGAGAAAAGAAACGGAAACAUGUUGAGUAUCUUGAAAGUUAUGUUCUUAAACUUGAAGCCAACUUGGAAAAAUCCCAAGGUAAUUUCUCACGUUUAUCUGAACUUUCAAGUGCUGAAAUGAUCCAAAAGGCUAAUGUUGUUGAUCUUGAUGAUCUUUUACAACUUAAGGAGAAAAUUCAUCUUAAUUUAAACUGUACUUCAGUUGAUGAUGAAUCGGAUACCACAGAUGGAUCUGUAAAGGUCAAAAUUGAGGCAAGUCCAGAUCAUAUACCAAAUGUUGCAGUACCAAAUGUUUCAUCAACGACUGCAACUACUACUACACCUCCAUAUGAAAAAGUUUCAAUGAAAAAGAGAAAGUUGCUGGAUGUUUCACUGUCUGAUAAUGGCGAUUUACUCUCAGUAUCCGUCUCUCCAGAUAAUGCAUACUAUAACUAUCUUUCUCCAAUUUCAAUGAACUCUCCGGUGAAUUCACCAAUCGACUUGACACUCAAAACAGAGGAUCUUCCUCCAUUAACUUUGGAUACUUCUAGUCCAGAUUUGGAAAUUUCAAAAGGGUUUAACAUAUUGGGGCAGAAUUCAGCAGCACCAAUUAACACCCAGUUUUUUGACGUUUCCUCUGAAGACGAAGAAGUAUCCAAUUUACUAAUGGAUGGAAACUUCCAAAUAGAGCAUCAGUCGUCGAUUGGUCAAUCACAAGUCAAACUCGAACCAAUUGACGAUUUGAAUGCCCUUGAACAACUUGGUCAACAAAAUCAACACGUUGUUGAUUCUGAGUUUACUAGUUCUAUAAAUAUGGAAGAAUUUCUUUCAUUAUAA